UACUCCCAAACAAAUUCUAGAGAAAAUUAAUCCCGCAGAUCGAACGACAUGUCAAGAAGCAAUAAAGGCCAUACGAAAGGAAUUGGAUUCACCUCAAAGACGUGUACUCUCUAGGCAAGCUCUCUCAUUCUGUAGACAACAUGAAAAUGAAACAGUCAAAGAUUUUCUUUCACGAUUCCGACCAAUAGCAUUAGCUACAGCAACAGACUACGAAGGACCCGCACUUGAACGACACUUAUGCGAAUUAUUACUUGAACGACUUAAACCCAGCAUCUCAUUUUAUAUGAAACUUCUGAAUUUCACGCAAAAUGGCAGAAGCUUUGAACAAUUGUGUAUGGAUGCCAGAGAAGUUGAAAUAAUGUUACCAAGUGUGAAUGGAACUACUCCUAUGCCUCAGGCACACCCAGAACUCAAUGCUAUGCAACAACUACAAUCAAGUUACAUGAUUCAACCAGAGAAAUGAUCGCCGCGGACA